AUGAAGAAGAUGCUGGGUUUCGUGGUUCUGUUGGGAAUAUUUCUACACGAUGUGGCGGCAGUUACUCAUUCACUGAAAUAUUUCUACACGGCAUCAUCUGGACUGAAGAACUUUCCAGAGUUUGUGGAUGUUGGGUUGGUGGAUGAUCAGCCAGUCUCCUACUAUGAUAGUGUGAUUAGAGAGAAGAUCCCAAAGCAGGACUGGAUGGCAGAGAAUGAAGGUCCUGAGUACUGGAAGAGAGGUACUGAGAGAUUAAUUGGUACUGAGCAAACCUACAAAGCCAACAUUGACAUUGUUAAGCAGCGCUUCAACCAGACUGGAGGUGUCCACAUUGUCCAGUUCAUGUGCGGCUGUGAGUGGGAUGAUGACACUGGAAAGGUUACUGGCUUUAACCAGCAUGGCUAUGAUGGGGAAGACUGGCUAUCAUUGGACUUAAAGGAAAACACCUGGAUUGCUCCAAAACCACAGGCUUUACUUACUACAAACAAAUGGAACAGUGACAGAGCUAAUCUGGAGUACUGGAAGAACUAUCUCAACCAAGAGUGUCCUGAGUGGCUGAAGAAGUAUGUAAACUAUGGGAGGAGCUCUCUGAUGAGAACAGAUCUUCCAUCAGUCUCCAUCCUCCAGAAGUCUUCCUCCUCUCCAAUCAGCUGCUUUGCUACAGGUUUCUACCCCAACAGAGCAGAAAUGUUCUGGAGGAAAGAUGGAGCAGAGAUCCAUGAUGGUGUGGAGAAAGGAGAGAUCCUCCCUAACAAUGAUGGAACCUUCCAGAUGAGCGUUGACCUGAAACUUCCAUCAUCUGAGGACGGGACCAAAUAUGAAUGUGUGUUUCAGCUCUCUGGUGAUAACAAUGACAAGGUCACUCCUUUCGAAAAAUCAAAGAUCAGAACUAAUGAAGGAAACUCCAUGGGGAUGAUUUUCGGGGUUAUUGCUGCACUUCUGGUUCUGGUUGUUAUCAUUGCUGGAGUCGGCAUCUGGUGGAAGAAGAGGGAUAACGGAUUUAAGCAAGCAAAUAAUUCUGAAACGUCAUCUGAAACUUCAGAUGAUGCCAAGAAAAUGAACCCCGAAGGAGAAACUUUGAUGGAGGUAAAGACGGAUGGCUGA